AUGAUUAUGAAGAAGAGGGCAUUAUGGACCACAAUGAGUAUGAAAAUGGAGACCCCAAGCCCUGCCAAGAAAAGUAAAGCCAAAAUAUACAGUACUACUGCUGGUAUGGGCCUGCAACAAUCGAGGAAGUGGUGGUGGUUUUGGGUUUUGGAAAUGGCUGCUGCAUUUGAAAGGGGUAAAAAAUACAGAGCAGCCGCCCUUUCUCAGGCUUUUUGUGCUGGGAAGAAAAUUUGUACUGUUUCCAUAAUUUUGGUCAUCAAACUUUUGAAUUUUGCUGAAACUGGUAAACUUGUCUCCUGUGGGAGUGUCUCCUUGGAAUCUUCAUAUGAGAAAGUUUCCCCAUGCGUUUACUCAUCUACCUUGUUGUAUGAGUUUGGAGAGCCUGGUUUGAGGCCCUCUGAUGUAAGGAACUCGUGCUUUAACUGGAGACUAGCAUAUGCCGAGAGAUUUUCAACUGAUUUCUACGUAACUGACAGUAAGUCCGGCAUCAGGGCCCUAGUGAAAGCUGGUCCUGAUUGUAAAGUUUUUCCAUUGAUCAUUGAGAGCAAACUUGUCAAAACAACCCAAAAAUGCAGAGUCUUAUCUUCUCACUUGAGGAAAUGGUUGAGAGAUAGAAACCUCCCUGCUGAAGCUCGUGUACUGCGUCUAGAAGAAGGAUACAUAAAGGAAGGCAGCUCUGUGAGCGUGCUUGGUCUACUGCAUAGGAACAAUGACGUAGUAAUGAUAGUUCAGCCUCAGGAUGUAAUUUCUACCGGAUGUCUCUGGCAAAAAUUGCUGCUUCCAGUCGAUAUUGAUGGACUAGUCAUUGGGGUCCCCGAAAGGGCAGAUCCCUUGACCCCCACAAAUUCUACGCCCUGCCAACAUUAG